GAAAUCUCCAUUUAUAAAUAGUCACAUUCCUCUCUUCAAACCUCAACAACUACAACAACCCCUCAACCAACUCUCACAAGUCACAAACCACAAACAUGUCUCCAUCCUCCAACCAAGUCAUUUGCGUCACCGGCGCCGGCGGGUUCAUCGCCUCAUGGAUGGUCAAAUUGCUCCUCGAGAAAGGCUAUAUUGUCCGAGGAACCGUUAGAAAUCCAGACGAUCAGAAAAACAAUCAUCUUCGAGAGCUCGAAGGAGCGAAAGAGCGAUUAACUCUAUACAAAGCCGAUCUUCUGGAUUUCGAAAGCUUGCGCGAAGCCAUAAACGGUUGUGAUGGUGUAUUCCACACUGCUUCUCCUGUCACUGAUGAUCCUGAACAAAUGGUCGAACCCGCGGUCAUAGGAACAAGAAAUGUUAUUGUAGCCGCGGCUGAAGCUGAAGUUCGACGAGUGGUUUUUACUUCAUCGAUAGGAGCGGUUUACAUGGACCCGAACCGGAGUCCUGAUGAUGUUGUUGAUGAGAGUUGCUGGAGUGAUCUUGAGUUCUGUAAGAACACUAAGAACUGGUAUUGCUAUGGAAAAGCAGUAGCGGAACAGGCUGCAUGGGACGAGGCAAAGGCAAGAGGCGUUGACCUGGUUGUAGUGAACCCAGUGUUGGUAAUGGGACCACUUUUGCAACCAACGGUUAAUGCGAGCAUUAUUCAUAUCUUAAAGUAUCUAACAGGAUCAGCAAAAACCUACGCUAAUUCGGUCCAAGCGUACGUUGAUGUACGAGAUGUGGCAUUGGCACACAUUUUACUCUUUGAGACUCCUUCAGCUUCUGGUCGAUAUCUCUGUGCUGAGAGUGUGCUUCAUCGCGGAGAAGUGGUCGAGAUUCUGGUUAAAUAUUUUCCGGAAUACCCAAUUCCCACCAAGUGUAAAGAUGAGACAAAACCACGAGCAAAGCCAUACAAAUUCUCAAACCAAAAGCUUAAAGAUUUGGGUAUUGAAUUUAUACCAGUAAAACAAAGUUUAUAUGACACGGUUAAGAGUUUGCAAGAGAAGGGUCAUCUCCCGGUGCAACCGACCCAGACCGAUGACCAACUCCAUAUUCAAUCCUAGUAGUUUGAUAUUAAAUUGGUUAUGUAUUGAAUGUAUCUCUAUAUAUUUAUGUUAAGAGAAUCAUCAUUGUUUAUGUUUUGUUUGUAACAAAUACGCUCCCUACCAUCAUUAUCAUGCCGAAAGUUGUAAAUA